AGGAAGUGGACACCGGAAGUCGCGUAAAUCCACCUCACACUACACACCAGCAACCGUGAUUUUAUGGAGCAGCGACCAGAGAGGGGUUGCGUAUGCUUGACAUUUGGACCCGGAACCGAAGCGCAUUCAGCGGGCUAUUAAUGAGGAGAUGUCGCGGUGAAUGAGACGACCAGGGAACCGUAAAGUGGACGAGACCAGUCGCCAGCACAUGAAUGAGCAGCGAGUGUCCCCUUCACUGACAGCCUGCCUCUUUCUCCAUCGCCGCCGGAGCUCCUUGGCAUCUUGAUUGACAUGUCUUGGUCCCGAAGCUAGCCGCCAUGUUCCUGAAGUCGUCGUUCACCACCCUGGUGGUGGGUGUUUUCGUGAUGUACGUGGUGCACACCUGCUGGGUGAUGUACGGCAUUGUGUAUACCACACCAUGCGAGCCGCCUGAAGGCACCAGCUGCAUUACCCCCUUCUUAUCGACCGACCCCAAACUCCAGAUGAGUAUCUACACAGCCCUCCAACCCAGCGCAGAAAAGGGACACACUCUCAUCCACAAAGAGGAAAAUUUUAACAUCAACGAAAAGUUCGAGAGAGCCAUCAACAUCUCCAUACCAAAGAAAACACGCAACAACGGUACUCUGUACGCACUGGUGUUUGUCCACCAAGCUGGCGUCCACGCGUGGGACGACCCGCGACAGGUGCACGCGGCGGCUCAGCUCACUACUUACAUGGUGCCCAAACCGCCUGAAAUAUCGCUUAUAUCCGGAGAGGACCAAACACAGCAGGGGAAAGAAGCCCGCCAGACCCAACAACGCAAAGAGGAAGGAGGAAUUUCAGACCAGCCCGUGUCGCACUGGCGCUCCCGCCUGACGCUGAACAUCGUUGGUGACCAUUUCGUUUUUGACAGGGAACACCUCCCAAGUGAAGUGCACCACUACCUCCGAGUGUUUAAAAAUGGAAAGCAGAUGGUGUACCUACCUCUGCUUUUUGUUGAUGAACUCAGCAACCGUGUCAAGGAUCUCAUGGAAAUAAACAGCACUACCCUGGAGCUCCCUCUUACCAUCUCCUAUGACGCCAUUUCCCUGGGAAGACUGAGGUUCUGGAUCCACAUGCAGGAGGCCGUCUACCAUCUGCAACAGUUUGGCUUCACGGAAAAAGACUCGGAUGAGAUUAAAGGGAUCUUCACCGAUACGAACCUGUACUUUCUGGCUUUGACGUUCUUUGUCGCCGCGUUUCACUUGCUUUUUGACUUCUUGGCCUUCAAGAACGAUAUCAGCUUCUGGAAAGAGAAGAAAAGCAUGGUUGGGAUGUCGAGCAAAGCGGUGCUCUGGCGAUGUUUCAGCACCAUCAUCAUUUUCCUUUACCUGUUUGACGAGCAAACCAGUCUUUUAGUUCUCAUCCCAGCUGGUAUCGGCGCCGUCAUUGAGGUGUGGAAAGUGAAGAAGGCCUUGAAGAUUCAGGUGUUCUGGAAGGGAGUAAAACCGACUUUCCGGUUUGGCAAGUUGGACGAGUCUGAAAGAAGAACAGGAGAAUACGACACUCAGGCCAUGAAGUACCUCUCGUACCUUCUCUACCCACUGUGCUUGGGAGGAGCUUUGUAUGCGCUAAUUUUCCUGCGAUACAAAAGUUGGUACUCGUGGCUCAUCAACAGUAUGGUGAACGGUGUUUAUGCAUUCGGAUUCCUAUUCAUGCUUCCUCAACUGUUUGUCAACUACAAGUUAAAGUCGGUGGCUCACCUGCCGUGGAAGGCUUUUAUGUACAAGGCAUUCAACACCUUUAUCGACGAUGUUUUCGCCUUCAUCAUCACCAUGCCGACGUCCCACCGACUGGCCUGUUUCCGAGACGAUGUGGUCUUUCUCGUGUACCUCUACCAGCGAUGGCUUUACCCAGUGGACAAGACAAGAGUCAAUGAAUAUGGAAUUUCAUAUGACGACAAACCCAAAAGGAAAGCUCACAAGGACUGAAAAGGACAAGUGAAGGAACAUUAUUAUCAUUAAUUGUAAAAAUGUCUUUUUUUUUCCCCCUUGAAAAAAAAAUUGUUUCGUUCCAUUUUUUUUUCAGUGAGGAUAUGAUAUUUUUCUGUUGAAUCCA